ACUGUCAGUGUGUGGUUUCUUUGCGUUUUGAUUGCUCGUCGUGUGAGGCAUUUUUCAGGCGAUUCGUGUUUUUCGGCCGUAGUGCGCUAUCUUUUGCGUAAUCGAUGCGGAUUUCUCAUCGCGGAUUAUAAAUUAGAAAAAGGAAGGAAGGAUAUAGUGCUUGUGUAUCCCGGACGGAUUCCAUUUGUUCCGUGUUGUUGUAAUCUGUAAAGAGUAGCCAAUAUGGGAAACGUGCUCGCCGCUUCAAAACCGAUCGCUGCCGGUGGCCUUCCACCUCCCUUACCAGCGGAACCAAUCCCUGCCAGUCCGGAACCGGAGAAGCCUCUGGAGAACCCCGGAUCGAUGGAGGAAUUGCAUAAAAAGUGCAAAGAUGUCAUGCCGGCCAAUUUCGAGGGCGCGAAGCUAAUGAUCAACAAAGGGCUCAGCAAUCACUUCCAAGUGUCCCAUACGAUUAACCUCAACUCGUCCAACACGAGCGGAUAUCGAUUCGGGGCCACCUAUGUGGGCACAAAGCAAAUGUCCCCCUCGGAGGCCUUCCCGGUCAUAUUGGGAGACAUUGACCCGGCUGGGAACCUAAAUGCGAACAUCAUCCACCAGCUGACGCCGAAUGUCCGGUGCAAAUUCGCAUCGCAGAUCCAGAACCAGAAAGUAACUGCCGCACAGCUGACCACGGACUACAAGGGGCAGGAUUUCACCGCCUCGCUGACCGUGGGCAAUCCCAAUAUCCUGAACAACUCCGGCGUGAUGGUGGCACAUUACUUGCAAGCGGUGACCAACAAACUGGCGCUUGGCGGCGAGCUAGCAUAUCAGUAUGGCCCACAGGUGCCCGGUGGCCAGAUAGCAAUCAUGUCCGCUGCCGCUCGUUAUGCCACCGAAGUCGGUACCUGGUCCGGUACGAUUGGCCUCGCCGGAUUGCACAUCUGCUAUUACCAGAAAGCCAGCGAUCAGCUACAGCUCGGCGUCGAGGUCGAAACCAACCUUCGAAUGCAGGAAGCCACUGCCACCAUGGGCUACCAGAUCGAUCUGCCAAAGUCAGAGCUUGUGUUCCGCGGUAUGGUUGAUACCAACUGGACGGUGGCGGCCGUACUAGAGAAGAAACUGCAACCGCUGCCAUUCACGUUUGCGCUUAGUGGCAUUCUAAAUCAUACCAAGAACCAGUUCCGGCUGGGUUGUGGGCUAAUUAUUGGUUGAACAGACCACAUGUUCGUUAGGCAUUUUAAGCAGAGUUCAAAACCACACUUUGAAGUGCAAGUUUCAUCGCAUUUCCUAUUGAGUGACAUUCGUAGAGUUGUCAGUGAUCCCCGGGAAGUGGGAAACCAAGAUUAGUCUGUUAGCAUAAAAUGAAUGAAGCAAAUGAUUUAUUACCUGCAAAACCAAUAUAGUGGAUGCAAGAAAAUGACAAAGGAUCUAUCUGAAUAAAAUAUAAAAAAGGUAAAUUGUAAAUGCGCUUGCAAAAACUCAGAUGUUUAAUUUGUCUAGCCCGCCCCCGUGUUGUAGUUCACGCGAUCCUCGACGCAUCAAUGUUGUUAGCCAGCAGUCACUAAACUAAGUUGUGCUUAUUCUUACGGUUCCUUUUACAAAAACAAUAAAACGGUUCAAGAAA